GGACUCAGCCUUAUGUUUGCCUGGAGGCCUCUGGUUGCUGCCCCUGAAUCCCAGGGCUCCCUGGGAGAGAGAUGUAGCCUCAACCUGUGAGCUGGAGUGCAGAUUGGCUACAUCCUGUGUGAGGUGGCUGGGUAGUGAGCAGGAGAGGGUGGCAGGAAACCUCUGUCUAUACCGAGGGCCCCUGUGCUGGUUUCUGAGGGAAAGUUGUAAGCACAAGAGACCGAACGCCUCAGUGAAGAGCAGGUCACAUGCACAGGGUCACAGGGGAGGAGGCGUCCCUCGAGGAAAGGAGCAUCUUGGUGGGGCCUGGGAACGUUGAUGGCCGGGAUGAGGGACAACGGAGAAGCAGGACGAGACUGGACAGCACUGUCCAGCAGGGGUGCUCCUCCCUCCUCCUUCUCGGGGAGGCAGAUAUGAGUGAGCUGCCAGAGAAUUGGACGGACACCCGGGAGACGCUGCUCGAGGGCAUGCUCUUCACCCUCAAGUACCUGGGCAUGACACUGGUGGAGCGGCCCAAGGGCGAGGAGCUGUCUGCCGCAGCUGUCAAGAGGAUCGUGGCCACAGCCAAGGCCAGCGGGAAGAAACUGCAGAAGGUGACACUCAAGGUGUCACCACGGGGAAUUAUCCUGACCGACCACCUCACCAACCAGCUCAUUGAGAACGUGUCCAUUUACAGGAUCUCCUACUGCACAGCAGACAAGAUGCAUGACAAGGUGUUUGCAUAUAUCGCCCAGAGCCAGCACAGUGAGAAUCUCGAGUGCCAUGCCUUCUUCUGCACCAAGCGGAAAAUGGCACAGGCUGUCACUCUCACAGUGGCCCAGGCCUUCAAAGUCGCCUUUGAGUUCUGGCAGGCAGCCAAGGAAGAGAAAGAAAAGAGGGAGAAAGCCAGCCAAGAGGGAGGUGAUGUGCUGGGGACCCACCAUGACAACACACCCUCAUUGAAAAGCUUGGUUGCCACUGGGAACCUGCUGGACUUGGAAGAGACCGCCAAGGCCCCGCUGUCCAUAGUCAGUGCUAACACCGCUAAUGUGGAUGAAGCACCACGGCCUCAAGCCUUGAGCAGCAGCAGUGUCGUCUGGGAGCUGGAUGAUGGCCUGGAUGAAGCAUUUUCUAGGCUGGCGCAGUCAAGGACAAACCCCCAGGUCCUGGACACAGGACUGUCAGCACAGGAUAUUCAUUAUGCCCAGUGCCUCUCUCCUGUCGACUGGAACAAGCCCGACAGCAGUGGCACUGACCAGGAUGACCUCUUCGGCUUCUGAGGGCCUGGGGCCAGCAGGACACAACCAGCCCUGACAUGUGACUGACCAAAACCACCUGUGAUGGGGGAAUCAACUCUGAGACCUGCCAGCCGCCCCUUCCGGCACACAGCAACGUCAGCCUGCAGAUCAAAGCUGCAGCCAGUCAAGCAAGGGGAAGGAGAGAGAUUUUUUUAACCUGCUCUUCCUCUAUGAACUGAAAGAAGCUUUGAAUAUUUAUUCAAUGACUCCUGGUCUGUGCUUGGAAGCCAGUUUUGCAUCGGGCACAUGACGGGUGCAGUGCUGUGACUGGCCACAUGCUCUUUCUCUUCUUGAGCCAGCUGUGCUCUCUGUGUCUGUCCGGACAGUGACCAAAGCAUUUCUUGUCCUUCCUCCUUUCUAAGAACCUGGAUUUGCCCAACAACAUCCCCACUCUUUAUGGAAAGCAGCCAGAACUUGUCAUCUGAGCUCAGGAGGAGCCUGCCACCUCCAGCUAGGCCUGGG